AGAAGAUGGUCAUCUUGGAUGGCACACUAGGUUAGACGAAGUAGUUCCUCAAAAAAAAGGUUAGACGAAGUAGCUUCAGAGGCUCCAAGACAGAAAGACACAGCGGUGGAUAGACAGACGCAAGAAGCGAAGAAUCGCCGUUCAAUUCAACUACCAGAAGAAAGAUUAGAGAGAGAGAGAGAGAGAGAGAGAGAAUUGCAAAAUCGAGCGAGUGGUUGAUUUAUGCUGUAAUAUAAUCGCACGCAGAGGAUGGUUGGGGAUGUGAGCGGAACGACGUCGUCGAUGGCGGAGGCGCAGUAUGUGGGGGCCAAGACGUCGGUGUGGUGGGACAUAGAGAACUGCCAGGUGCCGAAGGGGUGCGACCCGCAUUCGAUCGCGCAGAACAUAAGCUCGGCGCUCGUGAAGAUGAUGUACUGCGGGCCCGUCUCCAUCUCCGCCUACGGCGACACCAACCGCAUCCCCGCCUCCAUACAGCACGCGCUCUCCAGCACCGGCAUCGCCCUCAACCACGUCCCCGCCGGUGUGAAAGAUGCGAGUGACAAGAAGAUUUUAGUUGACAUGCUGUUCUGGGCAGUAGACAACCCUGCUCCCGCAAACUUUAUGCUGAUUUCUGGUGACAGGGAUUUCUCUAAUGCACUCCAUCAGCUGCGCAUGAGAAGGUAUAAUAUUCUUCUAGCACAGCCGCAGAAAGCGUCUGCUCCCCUAGUUGCUGCAGCAAAGACUGUAUGGCUUUGGACGAGCCUCUCUGCUGGAGGACCCCCGCUUUCAAGUGGUGAGUCAACACAGUUACAGUUUACUAACGGUUACCAUACCUCUAAUCAAGAAACGUCACAAUACCCAGUUUCUGAACCCAUUCAAUUAAGCCAACCCAUCAAUUCUGAAAGCCCUUCUUUGGGAAAUCAAAGACCUCCUAGUACUGGAAGGGUUGGUGGUGAUAACAAACACAAAGGGAAAUAUAACCGAAAAUCGACAAAUGACCCGAGCAUAUCAAGAGCCUCAAGCGUGCCAGUAUCCGUUCAAGAGAGUAAAAACGGUGAUUACACUUACCAACCGGAUUAUACAGAAGCAAAGCAGUUUAAGAAAGCCCCACAUGAAUUCUUUGGCAGUAAUGAACCUGAACUUUCUGUAAGUCGGUCUACUUCCAAUUUCUUUCAUGGCAGUUCUGAUGCUUCUGGGAGUAAUGGCAAUAAUUUUGUAGGAAAUCCGCAAAAUCAAUAUCCUCUUCCCUUGAGGCCAAACAACCCCCAUAUGCAACCUUCUUUUGGACAGGACAAUUUGCAUUAUUCUAACUCUCAUAAUCAUGGUUUUCAGCCAACUCCUCUCAGGCCUGAUGGCCCUAGAUAUUUUCCAGCACACACAAAUGUGCCUGAUAUGGGUAGGCUAAAUGUCAAUGAAUUCCCCAGCUAUGCUCAAAUUCCUCCUAAUGUUCAUCAGCGAACUGGAGAAGAGUUUAGGCGGCCAAGAUCGACUGAAUCUCCAUAUCCAGCUCGCGUAAAUGUACCUCAAAAUGGCCAAAUCUUACAGAAUGGCCAAACAUUUCACCAUGAUAAUAUGAACAACAGGUACCCCCGUGGUUCUGAAUAUUCUCUACCUGCCUCCUCCCCAAUGGUUGCUAACACUGCUUCUAGUAAUGGUGUCUGGGGAUCACAAGGACGUCCAUCACCUUCUGAGUUCGUGCAAGGCCUUAUUGGUGUUAUCCUACUUGCCUUAAACACCCUGAAAAAUGAAAAAAUUAUGCCUACUGAAGCAAACAUAACUGAUUGCAUUCGUUAUGGAGAUCCAAAAUACCGCACUACUGACGUAAGAAAGGCCUUGGAGUGUGCAAUUGAGCAAAAUAUGGUAGUGAAACAGAACUUAGGUGCAAUGCAGUUGUAUGUUGGUAAAAAUGGGAAACUGUGGAAGUGUGUUAACCCUAUGGGUGGUAAUCACACGCAGCACUCAAAAGUAAGAUGGGAUGGCAUACAAAAGUUUCUAAGUUCUCCAGCUGGCAGGUCGGCAAUGAUGGCUUCUCAGUGCAGAUAUGAAGCAGCCUUGACUCUUAAGAAAUCAUGCUUAGAAGAGCUUGCUUUGGGUGAUGUACUCCAGAUCUUGAAUAUGGUCAUUGCUGUGAAGAAAUGGAUUAUUCAUCAUCACUCAGGAUGGCAACCAAUUAGCAUUACUCUUGCUGAGACUAAAGCUGAUAACGGUUUUGAAACUGGUGGUUGAUUAAAAUCAGAUCAGUUUUAGUACUAAAAAGUGGCAGUCUUAAGAUGGUUACAGGUACCAGUUUGUCAUAAUUUAAUUGGAUCUGUUGACUGGAGGAACAUAGGCCACUUUUGAAAAAACUACAAUAUAAAAAAAGCUAUGUUAGAUGGAACUUUUAGAUUGUGGAUUAGGCAGUGUUAGGCUAUUUUGUUUUUGCCUUUUUAUCUGCUGGAAACUAGCUCUGGUAUCCUACAGAAAGCCCACAUUUGGUAAGGUCACCUAUUAGACCAGUGCAAUUCUCCCCCACCGUGGUGGCUAUAAGCUACUCUCUUCACCAUAUUCAUCUAUUUUGAAACGUUUGCACCUGAACUACUGAGCUUCUGUCAGAACAAGUCGACCAUUAGACUUUUGCCCCUUGCCAGAUUGCCAGAUUGUGCUUAAUUAGAGUUAUUUCUUCCUAGUCCAUUUUUUGAAGGUAUUUUAAGAAAGGCACAAGGGAAGAGUCUUAAAGCUUUUAUUUUUUGAGAACGUGAAGUCGCAAACAAGUUUCAUACCUGUGGAUGUAUUUACAUUUGUAGCUGGCCAGCAUGAUCAGGUUAUGAUGAUUUGUUUUGAUACAAGGCCCUUGGAUAUUAAUUAUAUUGAAGAUGCAUCCAUAGUUUUGUUGAAGGUUUUGAAAGGAUCUGCAUUAUUUCAAGUGAACUGGAGUGGAACCAUUUCGUGUUUCAAAUUAGAUUUUACAGAUUUAAUGGUGUACAGUUGUAACAUCAUUUAAAAAUUGUAAAUGAUGCGGCAUGUAGGCAACAUAUACAUCGUUAGAUGCUGUGAAAUUUAAUUUGAACCAUGAAAUGGUUCCUCUCUGUUUCACUUGAAAUAGAGAGUAUCUUGUUCCGAUGGUUUUGAGAUGGCCAUUAUGACACCGUGGUGGGGUUUGGUGGUUUACAAGUACUGGAGCAAAGCUAAAGAGAAAAAGGUUGAAGCAACUCCAUAGACAUUAAAGAAGUAUACAAGGUAUGAUCGCUGAAAGAUGAUGUCACAUGGUAUUGGUCCUGGAAUUACGAGAAGUGAGCAUUGUUUAUGAAGACUAGUAUGCACAUAUGUCUACUAUUUUUGGACUAUGGAGGGCAUGAUCAUAAAUAAAUUUGCUUUUGUGUGGAAAGGAACGUACGGCUGGAGUUUUGUGUCUUAAACUUUUGAAACCAUUUGUAUCAAUUAUAGUGCUGGUAGAAAACAAAACAAUUGGAAUAACGCUAGUGCUAUCAAUUUGAAUAUGUAUCUCUAUUUUCUGUACCUUUAUAUGUUAUGUUGUUUUCGGCUCUA